UUUGAUCAACUGUUUUUAAUAGCACGAAGAAGAACACCAGGAAACGUAAGCCAACAGCCCUAACAUACAUAUUAGAAUGGCUACAGGAGUGGAUCAAGCAGUUGGCAUGAGUAUUGUUGUCUUCAGCCUCCUGCUGUUUACAUACUACUCAGUCUGGGUCAUCGUCCUGCCUUUUGUUGACAGUGAUCACAUACUGCACAAGUAUUUUCUCCCUCGGGAGUACUCAGUCAUUCUGCCUGGCAUUGCAGCAGUAAUAUUGCUCCUCUGUAUAGGGGCAUUCACUGCAGUUUUCAUGUGGAAAAAUCGCAAGCCAAAGAAAGUGGACUAAUUUCUGGGUGUUCAAGUGGCUGCUGUGGAAUAAAAUACGUUAAUGUAGCCUUGAUGCUAAACCCUAUCUGGUGGUCCACAUAAAUCUCACAUCUACAGUAAUAACAGCUGAUGUUCAUGCUUACAAACCUUACAAAGUUUAAUGAGAUUUUUAUAUUUUGGUUCUAUUUUAAGUUCAUUGCAAUAGAACUCAGCCACUAUGUUUCAGAUUGUACAGCCUUCUUCUUUGGCUCCCCAUAUGAGCGUAUUAAAGAUAAUGAAAAUGAAUGUGCUGAAAACAACACAGUCUCGUUUUUCUACAGAUUAAAAGUAUGACACAAGAAGAAUUUGAGAUGUCGUAAAAAUGGACAAUAGUGUCUUUAAAUUUGUCAGCGGAUCUCUGUAUUAUCAGUGUUGCAAAGAAUUCAGUUAGCUGAAAGGUUUAUGGCAUAUUUAUUGGAUCAUUUGAAAUGUCCAUCCACUCUGUAGGGUUAUAAGGAUCCAGUGGAUAGUCCCUAAGACCAUCUACUGCAAGGGCGAACCUGAGAUGAGCCUGAUUACAAGAAAAUCACAACCUGCCCUUGCAACAGACACUGCUCCUGUUUCCCCUUAGAUACUACCAGUGUAUUGAAGUGUCCUUGAAGCUGUUUUUUCUGUAAAAAUGAAACACAAAAUAUUUUUGUUAAGGCAAAAAUGUAAAUUCUCUAUGUUGCCUGUUGCAUGUUUUCAUCAUUUAGCUCCUCAUGAUGACAUUAUGUGACGGCAGUAAUGUUUGGCUGGCUUCACUGUGGUUUUCAUUAAGGAUUGCUUUAAGGAUGGUCGGAGAUGCUUUCCACUCAUUUUGACUCAAAAUUUCCUUCGAGGUAGUAAAACAUGUUACAUCAGGUUCAAAUAGGCUAACUAAUUCUAAAGACACACUAUAAACAGUCUCGUAGAACCUUGCUAGCCUAGCAACAAUGCUACAAACAACCCAUAAUGCAUCGCUCACUGUCGGAGCUGGUGUUCUGCCAGUACUCCUUCCAUUCUUAAAGAAUAUGUCAUGUGAAUACACUGGUGCAUUGUCAGCAGAUAUAAUGCCACCUCCCCCAUUUGAAAUAUAGUUUUCAAAAAGAAGAUUUAUAUUUGGACCAAUACAGCAAAAUGACAGUAAUAUACAGGAUGGAAGGAGGUGGAACACGUGUCACUGUUUUUGAAAAAGUGUCCAAAUUUAACUUUAAAAAGGUAGUACAGGUCUUAUGUGAUAUGUUGUUUGGGAGUCCAUUUUUUUGGUGACUAAUUUUGAUUGUAAAUAGUUUAGAAUGCAAAUCAUUAUUUUGUUUAUAGUCUUGUGUGGACAUGGGGCCCAUGGCCCCUUUUCUCUGUUCAAUAAAAAUUUGAUGCUGGAAA